AUGAGCGCUCAAGGCUCGGACGUCCCCGACAUUGUGUCUGCCCAGUGGCUCAAGGACAGGCUGGCGGAUGUCAAGGUGCUGGAUGCGAGCUGGUACCUGCCGGUGCACAAGCGUGAUGCGGUCGAAGAGUUCAAAGCCUCCCGUCUCCCCGGUGCCCAAUUCUUUGACCUGGAUGCCAUUUCGGACACCUCUGUGGACCUGCCCCACAUGCUGCCCAGCGAGGCAGCAUUUGCUGCCGCAGCCGAUGCGCUUUGCAUCAACCCUGACGAUACCAUCGUCGUGUACGACCGCCUGGGCGCCUUUUCGAGCCCCAGGGCCUGGUGGACCUGGCACGUCUUUGGCCACAAGAGGGUGGCGGUGCUGGACGGCGGCCUGCCUGCCUGGGUGGAGGCGGGCAGCGAGCUGGAGAGCACGCCCGUCGCCUCCUGGCGCGACGUGCUGGCCGCCGUGGAGGCGGGCACGACGGGCAACCUGGUGGAUGCGAGGCCCGCGGGGCGCUGGCGCGGCGAGGCGCCGGAGGUGCGCCCGGGCCUGGCCUCGGGGCACAUCCCGGGGUCCAAAAACCUGCCCUGGGACGCGGUGCAGAGUGGGGGCAGGUUCAAGCCGGCGGAGCAGCUGCGCGCCGCCUUCCAGGGCGCGGGCGCCGACCUCGGCCGGCCGCUGACGCUGUCCUGCGGCAGCGGGACGACAGCGUGCGUGCUGCUGCUAGCGGCGCGUCGCGCCGCACCAGGGGCGCGGGCAACGGUCUACGACGGCAGCUGGAGCGAGUGGGGCGGCCUGCCAGGCGUGCCGGUGGCCAAGGGGGCGGCCUGA